GCCCGCGCUGCCCUGGGUUUUCCCGCAGUGGGUUGAUGUCUCGGUGUUCAGAGACAUUUGCCUAUUACUGAGCAGCCAUGACUUCCACACACAUCUUUCAGGGACUGGAAAGUGACAACAAAACCAGCUCAAGAGUAUUGAAGCCCCCUGGAGGAGGUUCAAGUUCUAUCUUCGGUGGCUCAGAUGAACCAGCUGUGCCAAACAAGCCACACAAGAUGGCCUCCAACAUCUUCGAUUCACCAGCAGAGACUCAAAAUGCACCAAAAAGAUCCAACCCUCCAGGUGGAAAAACUAGUGGGAUAUUCCAGGAUUCAACACCAGCCCAAACAGCGACAAAAACUAAUCCUCCAGGAGGGAAGGGCAGCGAUAUCUUUGGUAAUUCUUUGCCACAAACGAGCCCUAAAGCGCAUCCUAACAAGCCAAAGGAUAACAUGGUCUUAAAUGCAUCUACAAAUUCUACUAACAGCACACCAGUAAAAGCUGACGCACCAGCUGCUGUACCUAAGGAAGAGAAGACUCCGGUUGCCAAGGAAGAGAAGAUUCCAGUUUCCAAAGAAGAGAAGACUCCGGUUGUCCCGGUCGCCAAGGAAGAGAAGACUCCAGUUGCCAAAAAAGAGAAGACUCCAAUUGCCAAGGAAGAGAAGGUUGCAGUACCAGAUCCUGCUCUGGCUGCUCAUGAGCCUCAUCUUGGCCCAAAGCCACGGUCGCACAACAGAGUCCUGAACCCACCUGGGGGCAAAUCUAGCAUCACUUUUUACUAACAGCGCCAGUGUAAUGGAGCCAGCAGGGAGAUCUUCAAGGAAACAAAUACAGAUACAUUCUUAUCCAAAGUAUAUAAAUAUUAAAUCAACAGGUAAUUCAGAUCACUUCUGCGGCGCAAUCUUAUUCAGUAACUAAUUCAGCUAACUCUAUGUGAUUAAAUACAGGCUUUUCAUGUAAACCGUAUCAUAUAACUUACAUCGGAUAGCCUAAUUUGUCUAAAAUUGUUUUACCAAUGUACCUAAAUUAUAGACAAUAGUGAUGCUGCUAAACCUCUACAUAUGUUGGUUUCAGUCCACUUUUAUUCUUAUAGACAAAUCUUAAGUACCCAUAUAAUUUAAAUUUAGCUGGAAUGCAUCUUCAUUUGCAGAAAAAUAAAUCUCUCCCUGCUUUCUCCAUUA